CACUUUCAUAUGAUCAUAUUCAUAAUAACAAACCCUUGAAUAUCAUAUAUAAUCUCCAAUGGCUACCAAUCUGCUCAAACUCCCUAUUCAGACAACAAAGUUUACAGGCUCUCCUCUUCCAUUUUCGCAAUCGAAAAUCGAAUCUCAUUCUCUUCCUUCCUUUUCAAACCGCCCUAAUCAUCUUUCCUUACAAACAUUUUUGCCUAGGAAACCUCUGAACACACCAAAACACCAAAAUUUGUCCAUUCAAUGUUCAGUCUCUGACACUUCUUUCCCUUCACCUCCAAUUACCAAAGAAGAAGCUAUUCUUCAAGCCAAAAGUAGCCUUUCGACCGCCUUACAAAAGCCUCUUAACAGUCCCAAACUCACUGGCAAAAUCAAAAAAGAAAAACAACCAAGAUUCAGGGUGGAAAUACCUUUGAUUGAUGACUCCCCUGAGUCACUCACCCAGCUCGCUUUCGACGUUUUUAAGGACCUCUCAAUCAAGAAAAAAAGCUCACCGGUUCGAGUCUUACUUGUUUGGCCUAAUCCCACUUCAAUGGCUAGUGGAAUAACAGUUUUUCAAGGCCUUCCAUUUGGUUUUUUUGAGCAUAUUGAAAUUAGUUCUGCUAUGACAGUUAAUAACAGAAUUUUGAAUUCUGCUGAUGUGGCAGUAUUUUUGGCGCCAAAUUCUUCACAGUUGGCAGUUAUGAAGUUAGUUAGUGACAGUUUGUACCCAAGCCCUUUGGUGUUGUUUAACCCGAAAUGGGCAUUCGAGGAAGAAGAAAGCUUUGGUGAUUUAAGCGCCUUUGUAGCUUCGUUUGAUGUGCUUUAUGCAUUCCUAGGAUUGGAAGUUAGAGGGCUUUUGAGUAAGAGAAAAGGAGUGGUUUUCAAGUGUGUUAGAGACGGCGUUGUGAGUGGGGAGAAAUGGAAUGUGUUGGUGGAAGAAGAAGGUGAUGCAAGUCAAUUGAAGGUGGUUUCAAGAUUCAAAUCCCGGCCUUCGAUUACUGAAGUAGAGUAUGUUUUGUACAAUCUGAUGGCAGUGAAUUCACCCAUCACUAAGACAGCUAAAUACUUGAAGGAUUUAGUUUCCAAUGUAACAGGAAAAAAGACUAGUUGAUUAGGCUAGAUGUGUCUGAUUAUGAUUGCAAUUUCUACCAUUUUUUUCUGAAUAAAUGCAUCAAAAUUAUUAGUA